AUUUUUUUUCCCGAGACCCGAAAAAAAAUCUGAUAAUGCUCCGGCGUCCGGCAAGCGCGUGAGCGCCACCGCCGGCACCGUAGGCUCCACUCUCUCUUUACCUCGAUUUUCCCUUUGCUUCUCCACCGGUUUGUCCCUCUCCCGUCGGAUAUGCUUCAGAAACUGGUUUAGGGUUUUGUUUCCGGUGAAGGCUUUGCUCGAGAGAAGUUCGAUCUGGUGACGUCUCCGCUUUAUCUGGUCUCUUGGCAAGGCUGUGGAGUGAUUGCAUGUGGUUUGGAGCCGAUUUUUAGGGUUUAAAGAAGCAGAUUUGAUUUUUCCCCUUUCAGUUUUGCUCUUGGUACUUGUCGUCUUUGGCGGAGGAGUGAAGGUUUGGCUUCCAUGGUUUGAGGUUCGUUGCAGUCUGUGACCAGUGGUGUCGUUCGGUAUCGUCGCUGGACAUGACUUCUCUCCUCAGUGUCUUGAAGUUUGGGUGUCUAGUCGGCAGUGUCUAGUGAACUCUGGAGGAUCCUACUACCUCAGAGCCGUGUCUUGAGGUUGAGCUACGCUGGCAGAGAUGGUGGCUCGACUCUGUUCCGGCACGUGGGGGGUUACGAGAACAGCUUGAAAGAUAGUCAUCUAUGGCUCCUCGAUGGCUGUUUGUCGACCUUCUUCACUGUGGAUCUCCAAUGCUUUGUCUCUUUACGGUUCUUUGGGUUGGUGACGACGGUCUUCUUCUCGUAGUUUGUCUCUCGGUUCACAUUGCUUCCUUUUCUCUAUUACUAUCAGGAAGAGUCUUAACAAGCACGGUCUUCUGCUUAUCGGUUCUCGACAAGCGGCAAAUGUCAAUCCGAAUUGGGCUUUUGGUCCUUAUCGACCGAUAGUUCUUUGGCGUUUGGUGUCAACAUUUGACUUAUUCACAUAUCACAGUGUCAAAGAUGGCCACUUGAACAGCUUUGAUUGUGUGAUAAGCAUUUUUCGUGCAGGUUUAGAGACUUUCUAUAUGGAGUUUGGUGGUGAGUACAAGCCCGAUUCUUACAGGUAAUUUUUCCUUGUUUGUCUUGGUUUCAUCGACAAAGAAAAAUGCAAACCCAGAAAAAUCAUUGAUAACCAGCUACCAAGCGACAUCUCGGGGUUUUUGGCAUCCGAAAGGAAAAACCCAUUUCCCCAGAAUUAACGUCAAUAGAAAAGAACAGUCGUUGGUAGUCUAGUGAUUACUAAGCUAUUUAGCAGAAUGCGUCGGUUGAGUGGGGGUGCAAAACUAGAUUAUCAAACAUAUUGAUCUAGAUCAUUUUGUUCGAAUCCGGUUUGUAUUUUUUUCUUUUGAUGUCUUUUUGAGUUGAUUAAUAUAAUUAUAUAUUUAAAGAAAAUAAUGAAUUUACUCCAUAAAUAAUUCUAUUUUUUGGUUUAUUGUUAUAUUGUUCAUUCUAAAUUGGAGUAAAGUUAGAACAAAAAUCAAUUCCACUAUAAAAUUACUCUAUUAUAGAAGAAAAAAAACACACUAGAGUUUACAUCGGAGAUACAAAUAAUAAAAAGGUAAAUCAAAGUAAAAAGCAAAAAAAAACGUAAAAGAUAAGCGCCAAAUAGAUAACUAAGGACACUAAUGAGGGUUAAAGUUGCAAAUUAUAUAAAUUUGAGAGUUAGUGGGUCCACCCACAAGAGAGAGAAACAAAGCGUCCACUGUAAUUACUAGGAAGAGACUUUCUUUUUGUUGUUUCUCAUAGAUUCUCGAGAUAGAAAGCCCACGUUUCCAAAGAGAGAGAGAGAGAGAACCAAAAAGUAAACGAGGAGAAGAAGAAGAAGCAAGUUGAGUUGAUCGGUCUCCGACGCAAACGUAUUCCGACAGUGGUGGUCUGAAGGCGGAGGACAUCAUUUCCUCUCCGGGGACAAACUGUUUGUGGUAUUUUUCAAGUUGUCGUCUGCUUCAAGGUUUGAUUGAUUCGGAAGGAAGGGGGAGAAUAUUCGCGGUUGGUAAAUCUGAAGAGAGAGAGAGAGAGAGAGAGAAAAUAGAUGAAAGCUCUGAGAAGGAUUCAAACCACGUCUUCCUCCUCUAAUCCUUCGUCGCCGUUAACAUCUCCUCGUUCUCCCUCUUCAUCUUCUUGGAUCCAUUUACGUUCUGCUCUCUUCGUCGUCGCCUCUUCCUCUCCUUCCUCCUCUUCUUCUGAUCGGGCGCGUCUCAAGUCACCAUGGUCCCAUAAGAAAAGGAAAAGGCCACUCAGAGCUAAGCAGUGGAAGAGAUUCUUCACCUCUGAUGGUAGGCUUCGUAAUGGAGGUGUUGAUUUGUUGAGGAAAGUCCGAAGAAGAGGUAUUGAGCCGAGCAUUCGGUUUGAGGUCUGGCCUUUCCUUCUUGGAGUGUAUAGUUUUAAUAGUUCCAAAGCUGAGAGAGUUACUAUAAGAACAUGGAGAAGAAAGGAGUACGAGAGACUACGCAGGGAGUGCAGGCGGCUUCAAAAGCACAAAAACGGGAAUAAUCUCAAGUUAAACACUAUGCAAGAUGAGUAUGACUGGCAGCAACAAGUCCAAGUCCAAGACACUGACAGUUUAUGUUCUGAUGAAGUUGUCAGCGCCCGGGAGUCUCUCUCUAGCGACGAAGAUCUCGGUUACAUGAGCGGAGUUUCGUGUUCGGUUGAGAGAGCCAACAGCAGUUCUAGACGAAUCACCAACGCUACUAUCUCUACUUUCAACUCCGACUCAUCGGAUUCAGACUCUUCAGACGAGAGUGAAGUUGCGCAAGUCUUUCAGUCUUCAGCUACUCCGGAUGUGAAUCCAUCUAGCUCCUCUACUAUCCCUCGGACUGAAGAGGAUUUCGUGACGUGGCAGCGUAUCAUCCGUCUAGAUGCUGUUCGUGCUAACUCGGAGUGGACUCCAUGUUCUCCAUCGCAGGCGGCUGUAUCCGAGGACAGAGCCUGUCGUGCUGCUGAAGCUGUCGGGUUAAAAGACUACCACCACUUGGAGCCGUACAAGAUCUUCCAAGCUGCUAGGCUCGUUGCUGUUCUUGAAGCCUAUGCUUUGUAUGACUCUGACAUUGGCUACUGUCAAGGAAUGAGUGAUCUUCUCUCUCCGAUACUCUCUGUGAUCCCUGAUGACCAUGAAGCCUUUUGGUGCUUUGUUGGGUUCAUGAAGAAAGCUCGGCACAACUUCAGACUUGAUGAGGUUGGAAUCAGAAGACAACUCAGCAUAGUCUCCAAGAUAAUUAAGUCAAAAGACUCUCAGCUUUACCGCCACCUUGAGAAGCUCCAAGCUGAAGACUGUUUCUUUGUGUACAGAAUGGUCGUUGUGAUGUUCAGAAGAGAGCUGACACUAGACCAGACGUUUUGUCUGUGGGAAGUGAUGUGGGCAGAUCAAGCGGCGAUAAGAGCCGGGAUGGGGAAGUCGGCUUGGAGCAGGAUAAGGCAGCGUGCACCUCCCACGGAUGAUUUGGUGCUGUAUGCGAUAGCUGCCUCGGUGUUGCAGAGAAGGAAGCUGAUAAUAGAGAAGUAUAACAGUAUGGAUGAGAUUCUAAGGGAGUGUCAUAGUAUGGCAGGGCAGUUAGAUGUGUGGAAGCUCUUGGAUGAUGCGCAUGACCUCGUUGUUACUCUCCACACCAAGAUCGAGCACGCCUUCUCAUAAGAGUUUUAUCUUCAUUAUGUGACUGGUGUUAAAAGGAGGGGGCUCUUGGUGAGUCCCCUGGUUCCUUGCAGCCCGAAUUGGUCUGUCAGUAUGAGCGUUGUCUGAAUCCUUGCCUAAUGAAAUGAAGCUAGAGAUUGGAAGGGAGUGGUGAGUAGAGACGACGUGUGUGUAUUUUAUUGAAAAUAAAUGUGUGUGUUUUGUGAAAACUGUGAAAAGAUUUGGGGGAGCUUUUGCAAAUUCCAUAGGGGAGAUUCUUUACUUGAGAAAUCAAAGAUGUUUCAUAAAAUGUGUGCCAGUAAACAAACCUGUGGAAAGUGGAUUCGAUGAGGAGAAUGUGUUAUUUU